AUGGUCCUUCGCAAACUCUUCUCUAAAAAUUCAUCAUCAAAUUCCUCUUCUCAUCACAACAAGAAGGAUCAUCAUUCUGAUGAAACGUCCACAACCUCAUCAUCCCACCAAUUCCUCUCCAAUAUUAAUGAUUUAUUAUUCCAAAGUGUUGAAUCACAAUAUAAAAAAUCAGUGAUGGAAACAUUUGUAAUUCCUGAUGAUUUAUUGAGGGAGAUUUUUGGGUUUAUUGAGAAUGAUGAGGAGACUUGUUUGAGUUUUCAGUUGACUUGUUGGAAUUGGUAUUUGGUUUCUUGUUCGUACAGAUAUCAAGAAUUUGAAAUACCAAAUUAUGGAACAUAUACAUUCUAUCAAGGAGCCAAGAAUUGUUACUAUUUAAUUUUGCCUUCUCCAACUAAUAAUUACUCAACCUAUACUGUUCCUAGAAGAAAACCCUGGAGUUGGAAUGAUGCUGAUAUUAUAACUCGUUGGUAUCGAUUGAGAAUUAAUCCAGAAACUUUAAUGAUUCAUACAGGAGAUCAUACAUUUUCCAAGUCAACUGGCGUAUGUAAUCAUCAUAAUUGGAAAACAAAGGAAGUUUCGUAUGCAACUUGUUUUGGUUGUGAAGGGGGUUCAGUCGAUGACGGAAGAGCAAUGUGUGAUCUGAGUGGUACUCCUUUCAAAUUCAGUGUUAGCUUUUUACAUAACGGUUAUUGUAGUUAUGGAACUUGGAAUUUCUCAAAGGAUGACCAAAUUAUUUCAUUGACUGGGGGUGGAUAUUGUGGUUGGACAUGUCCUGUUGGAGCUGCUGAUGAAAAACAAGCUGUAGAUGGAGGAUGGUUUAUCAAAUUGGAAGUUAUAUCGAAUAAAUAG